UCAACUGGGCAUGUGGAGAGACGUAUAUCGUCGUUGCUGUGCAAUACAGUACGUCUGCUGAAAUUUCUCAGUGAUAGUUGAACUCACUAGAGUACCGUUACAGGAUGUGGUUUGCGUGUAUCCUGUGGACAUGUAUCACAGUAGCUGUUUUCACCGCAGAUGAUCCAGGUCCCUCUGCAGAAGUUGUGUAUGAAUGGGUUUCUCUGGACUAUGACUGGCCAAACGAUACAACAAAAGUAGACUACACGGCUGCUAGAAAGUAUAUCAAAGAAAACAAUAUCAUAGCGGGCGUCAAGGUCUACAAAGACGACGUUUACGUCACCGUUCCCAGAUGGCGAGAAGGCGUUCCUUCUUCACUGAAUAAGGUGGUCAUGAAGAACGGUAAACCCAUUCUUCAGCCGUUCCCAGCCUGGAAAUCUCAGACAGUCGGUGACUGUGACGCUCUUCAGUAUGUGCAGAGCAUGGAAGUGGAUCCAAACCGUGGCUGGAUGUGGAUUAUCGACGUGGGGCGGAUUAACACGAACCCUGCCAAGGGUUCAGCCCCGCAGAACUUGUGCCCUGCCAAACUUAUGAUUUUUGAUAUCAACAAGCACAGCUUUGUGAAACGCUAUGAUUUUCCGGCCACUGUAGUGUCUCCUACGACAAACUUUCUUAACGACAUCGUGGUGGACUACGUGGACGGACGACCUCGCUAUGCCUACAUCACGGACACAUCCAGAGACAACCCGGGAUUGGUCGUUUACGACUUUUACAACAAUACGUCUCACCGGUUUACGCACGUCCUGGCUAUGACGUCAGAGACUAGCGCGCAAAACAUAACGAUCAACAACAUCACCUAUGUUAUAAAUGCACCCAUUGAUGGUAUAGCCUUGUCUCCGGACUCUAAGUUCCUGUAUUUUUGCCCUUUGGCGGCGUAUAGUCUAUAUCAAGUGUCCACGGCAGUCGUCAGAGACCCUCUGGCUGAUUUUGGAGCCGCCGUGCAUAAAGUGGGCCGAAAAGUUGCACAGACCGACGGAAUGGCGUACGGACAGAAUAACCUUUACUUCGGAGUCUUAAGUCUCAAUGGUGUGUAUAAGUGGGAAAUUGGUGAAGACGCCAAGGUCAUGCAAACAUACGACAAGAUAGAAAUGAAAACCCAAACGCCAGUCGUUCUGGACACUGUAGGAAUGCAAUGGGUGGACACUUUCGCCUUUGACCAGUCUGGUUAUCUAUGGUUUACCGCUAACAGAUUACAGCCGUUUUUUCACGGGACAUUAGACUUCACAGAUACGGCCUCCUCGGCCAAUAUGCGAAUCUGGAAAGUGUUUGUGGGGGAAAAAGGAUAUCUCGAUCACAGCAUUUCGGCCAGUAACUCGCUGUUCAUCAGUAACACGUUUCUCUUUGUCACGGUCAAGCUUAUCUUCAUUUAUUUCCUUAAUAUUUGUGUGUUAUAGUCAAAAUAUAUCAACACUACAUGAGUAACAGCAAACGAACAUACUUUUGUACUUAUGAUCAAAGAUACUAUCAGUAUUAUUAAGAAUUUCCUAUUUCAAGGACUAAAAGCGAUUUUAAGAAGAUAUAGCGGUAUUUAAAAUGGAGCAAAUCUGAUUGAUGUUUAAAUCCAAACAUAGGCAAACAUUAUCUCUCAUGUCAACAAAGUGGUAUUAAAAGUUACAAGCUCACCCUCGCCAAAAAAGAAUUCGGCUGUAGCGAUGUCAUCACAGAGAAAAAGGAAAGAAAAACUGCUAUGCUCAGAUUUGAAGAAAAUAAUGAAAAUAAUUACUCUGAAAAUCAAAUGAUAAAUCUGUCUUAACAGAAGUAGGAUAAACAUGGUUUUCCUUGUUUCUAUAUCUUUUAAAUGACCUGUAACUAAGUGGAGUGUAUACAGCACGUGCAUUUAUCUUAUAUCACCCAAGCCUCCAGUCUUGUAAAUGUCUUGUAUAAGGAAGUGAAAUCAGCGAGCUUGAGGUGUAUAGCUCUUCCAUGACGUCAUUAAAACGUUGACGAAGAUGGAACCGUGGCAUCGUGGCUACCCCUUUCUAUUUCCGUCAAAUUCCAGUUUGAUCAGUUAAUAUUUUCCAUUUGUUCUGCAUGUUCGAUGAAUGUCUGUAGUUAAUCUACAUGUAUAUGUCACAUAGACAUGAUUUAUGUACAAAUUAACUUUUAUUGCAAGUAUAGUUGUUUGUUAUAUUUAUGAAUACAGACACUGAGUUAGUUGUAUGUGUAUUUGGCAACGGCGCCGUGUCACGGUAUAAUCAGUUAAUGAAUUAUGGACUUUGAUACAGAGCCGCACGUUGCCUUCAACACAGAGUAGGAAUUGCUAGUUAUUUUCGGACUAUACUUUUCGAUACGGCUAACUUCACCAGAUAAAUUAUAUCUUAUUUUACUUAACCUACAAAACAAACCAAUAUCGACGGGGUAAUAAUUCUUUCAGAAUUGCAAUUUUAAUUCGUAUUGAAUUUGUGACAUGAAAAAAACAUUUAUCCAAAGCACGACGUUAAAAAUCGGCUUGGCACAUUGAAAUGCCUUAUACAGAAUGUAUGCAGCAGGGCCUUGAGUCAGACCUUGUCCUAACUCCUAACAAUUUACUGCUUGAAAUAGUGUCUUCCCUUAGGAAUUUUUAUUUGAAUAUACCGGUAUCAAAGAUUUAUCUUCGAUUUUCGAGACAUAAUUGCAAAUUAGUGGUUCAAGUAAAAUUCAGGAAUAAAACC